CAGAGCAUAACGGCCUCUCUCUCCCUCUCUCUCUCUCUUCCGUUUUUGGAAUUCUAACUGCCCAAACGGGUUCAGCCACUAAUAAUUCGCCACGUGUCUCGACCCCAUACGCCCCACCACCCACACUCGCGCCCUAUAUAAACAUCCCCUCCAAGGUAUUAACGGCCUCACCUACUUUUGCGAUCCAAAAACCAAAACUUUCCCGCUCUGAAUAUAGAAGAAGAGAAAAGUGAGAGAGAAAGUGCGAGAAAGUGAGAGAGAAAAUUUUUCAGAUAACAGAGAGAGAAAAAAACACAACAAACUGAGAAAGAAAAUAGCAAUGGCCGCUGUUGCUGUACCUUCUCCUGUACCUGCUCCUGCUCCUGCUGCUGCUGCUGCACCCACUGAGACUCAGAAGAAGAACCGAAUUCAGGUUUCCAACACCAAGAAACCACUCUUCUUCUACGUCAAUCUCGCUAAGAGAUACAUUCAGCAGCACGAUGAGGUCGAGCUUUCUGCUUUGGGAAUGGCAAUCACUACAGUUGUCACAAUCUCUGAGAUUUUGAAGAACAAUGGACUGGCUACUGAGAAGAAAGUUUUGACAUCUACUGUUGGCAUGAAAGACGAGAACAAGGGUCGUGUUGUUCAAAAGGCCAAGAUUGAAAUUGUGCUGGGGAAAUCUGAGAAAUUUGACUCUCUGAUGACUACUGCUAUGACUGCUGCUACGACUCCUGCUACGACUGCUACUACUACUCCUGCUACAACUGCUAAUACUACUUCUGCUACAACUACUGCUAGUACUGCUACUACUACUCCUGAUUCGACUCCUGCUAUGACUCCUGCUUCGACUCCUGCUGUGACUCCUGCUCUGACUACUGCUACAACUGCUGCUACUAACGCUACCACAACUGAACCUGAGGCAGCUACUGAGGGCAAGAAAUGACUACAUGAGGCCAUGUCAAUCUUCCUUUCUUGUAUCAUUAUCGUUUAUAUCAUCUGCUUCAGUAGAGUUAAAUAGUAGAGUAGGUAGGUACUUUCUACAAAUGGUGCCUCUAGUAUUGAAUAGUCACGAGAGUUGAGAGACUGCUACUUCAAUUGAGUGACUUUACAGGGCAGUUGCAGUUGUAUGCUUCUGUUUACUCUCAUUCUUCCUCAGAGAGUUGUAGAGUUUGAUCUCUGUCAACAUAUAUUUUUCUUUUCAGACUUAUAUUGCUUGCUGCACAUAAGUUCUGAUGUUUGAAUGGAUCACUAACCAUUCUUUCCAGACAUAAUUGACUUGGGAAUUAUUUUUACUAUAAAAUUGUGGGAUAGCAUUUUGUGUUUUGGUGAAA